AUGGUGGAUGGCAGAACAAGGACUAUCAUCAAUGACAUUUUCUUCACUGAGCCCACCCCAGAAAUGAGCUCCCUUCCUGUGUGCUCUCACAGCUCCUUGUCGUUGAAUCUCAUAUCACUGAUGGUAAUUCGCAGAGGAAUAAUUAAGUUGGUGAUUCACUUUAGGAUGUACUGCCCUCCGAGGCUGAACGCUAAACACAUAGAGCCCACGUUACGCCCAGUACCACUUAAGGAACUAAGGAUUAGUCACUGGCCCAAUGAAUGCAUCAGACACUCAGCUUCAGUUCCCAUGGCAACAGGGGCUAAUGGCCUAGAGACUAAGGAUGAGACAAAGAGAAACGCAGAGAAAUGUGCGUGUUCUGUCUUCCUCUGAGUGAGUCUCAGAAGUCCCUUUGUCCAGCUGCACUCUCCUCUCCUGGGACCCAGCUGCCCUCCAUUUCCCAUGUCCUGGAACCCCUCAGUCCAAAACAUCUAAGUAAACUCGUCUUCACUGCAAUGGUGCAACCCACACCCACAGCCAUGCCCUAAGCCAGAAGGAACCACAUGAAGUUCUGCCCAUCUUCCUGACCUCCACGGAUGUUGCGCGACAUCCAGUCUCCUCUGGGUCAGGGGGUUUGUCUCAUAUGCACUCCUGAGUGCCCACCUGCCAGUGACUCCCCUGUGUUUCACACCCCUCUCGGGGGAUCUCAGAUCCACUCGGCUGCUGGUCUCUGUCUGGAUGACCACGACCAGUUUCCCUUGGAGAAGGACCAAUGGGGAAUGGCAAUGCCAGGAAGGCAACGCUUCGCUUGACUGCUCUGCUCCUUAAAUCCCCAAAAGCACCACUCACAGGACUGUAGACGCUAUGCCAGUUACAGACUUCAGUGAGGGUCAAUAGUGACUACAUGAAAUUACAGUGGAACAAACUACUAGCGAGCGAUGGCUAAGCAUCCAUGCUGCUAGAAUCCAAAAGGAAUCACCCAUCCCUUGCCUCCCACGGAAAAGAUAAGGUCUUCUGAGGACAUUCCAUUUCCGGUGAAUUCCUGUUCAUGGCUUUUCUUCCUGUUUUGAGCACUGCCCUUUUCUCUCCCUGGAAAGGAGGAAGUCCCCUCCAUUAAUCUGCUUCAUUGUAGGGAUUUCUUUAUCUCUCAGUAAUGGGAUCUGUCUAUGUCUCCACCUCCCUGUGAACAUAUGAACACCCAGAGACAAUCACCAAACACUAAGGAGCUAUGAGUGUCACAUCAUAAUCCCUCACCUAGCUCUGUGCAGUGGCUCACACCUAUAACCCCAGCUAUGCAAGACACCGAGGCAGGGGGAUUGUUUGACGCCAGGAGUUGGACACCAGCCUGGUCAACGUAGCGAGACCUCAUCUCU